UUAAUUAAGGCUCCACCACAUUACACCUACUUUCUGAAUUAUAGAAACUUAGAGUAAAAUAAUAAAAAAAUGCUAUAACAAAUAUCAUAGCAUUUUGUGUAUGAUUUCUUUUUUCCCUUUUUAAAUUAUUGUUUCUCUGUCUCUCUUCUCCCCUCGCCUCACACAUGUGACAAGUGACAACACUACUACUAAAAAAAAUUGUCAAACUUGUAGAAUAGUAGAGCAAUAAGCAGUUGUAUAUAGUACAAUAGAAUAGAAGGAAGAGGAGACUUUAGAAAACUUGCACAACUGGAAAACAAUGGAAUUAUGGCUCAUGAUAAUCAUCACACUCUGUAUCUCUUUCUUCUUAAAAUCCAUCUUCAAUUUAUUAAUCUUCCUCAAAUCCAAGCAGAAAAACAAGAAACUCCCACCUGGACCCUUCCCUUUUAGCGCGAUUGUAUGGUUUAAUGCCGAUAUACAACUGAUCCUCAGGAGCCUCACAACUAAGUAUGGUCCUCUCAUCAACCUCAGAAUUGGAUCUCUUCGUCCUUCCAUAUUCGUCGCUAGCCACUCCUUAGCCUACCAAGCAUUAGUCCAGCAUGGUGCUGUUUUCUCUGAUCGGCCAAAGGAUAUGCAAACUGUUAAUAGUCAACGGAUUAACAUUAGCUUUUCCCCCUAUGGCCCCUUAUGGCGUCUCCUUCGACGAAACCUUACCUCUGAAAUCGUCCAACCAUCUCGCGUCAAGUCCUACUCAAACGCCCGAUCUUGGGCGCUCAGUAUCCUUAUUCAACGGCUCCUUCAUGUUCAAUCAGACUCUGGAGAAGUUGCGAGGUUAAUUGAUCAUUUUCAGCAUUCCAUGUUCUGUCUUCUUCUCCUAAUGUGCUUCGGGGAAAAGAUUGAGGGGGUUCGAGCUAAACAGAUUGAAGAUACACAACGGAGUUGGCUUCUAAGUAAUAGCCGAUUCAAGAAACUGAUCAAAUUCUUUCCGGGAGGACUAGGAAAGAUCAUUUUAAGGAAUCGUUGGGAAGAUCUCGUCCAACUGCAACAAGAACAAGAGGGAAUCUUUAUCCCUCUGAUCCAGGCACGAAUGAAGGCUAAAUCAGCUGAAAAGACUAGUGAUGGUUCGAAUCAAGAAACAGAAGAUGAGGCAAAAGUGGCGCCUGUGGCGUGCUAUGUGGAUACAUUGUUGAAUUUGGAAUUGCCAGAGGAAAAGAAGAAGCUUAAUCUUGGACAGAUAAUUAGCCUCUGCAGCGAGUUCCUCAACGCUGCCACUGAUACCACGUCCACCUCACUGCAAUGGAUUAUGGCCAACUUAGUCAAAUACCCUCCUAUUCAGGAAAAACUAUACCAAGAAAUAUGUGAGGUAGUUAACACAGGGAACCCGAACGAAGGAAAAACGAACAGAGUGAAAGAGGAAGAUGUACAAAAAAUGCCUUACUUAAAAGCAGUGAUUUUGGAAGGUCUAAGGCGGCAUCCACCAGUACACUUGCUGCUGCCACACGCGGUGACAGAGGAAGUGGAACUCAACGGCUAUGUCAUACCUAAGGAUUCAACGAUCAAUUUCAUGGUUGCGGAAAUGGGUUUGGAUCCAGAAGUGUGGGAGAAUCCCUUGGAUUUUAAACCAGAUAGAUUCUUAGAUCAUGACACAGCAGAAGCAUUUGAUAUAAUAGGGAGUAGAGAGAUCAAGAUGAUGCCAUUUGGUGCAGGGAGAAGAGUAUGUCCAGGCUAUGGUUUGGCUAUGAUCCAUUUAGAGUACUUUGUGGCUAAUUUGAUCUGGCAUUUCGAGUGGAAGGCUGUGGAUGGAGACGACGUUGAUCUAUCCGAACUGCAGGAACUCACGGUUGUCAUGAAGAAUCCGUUGCGUGCUCGCGUCCUUCCCAGAGUAAAUCAGUGACAUGUGACCUUAAUGAAGCAAAAAUAGAAGUGUAUUGUUCUGGUAUGGGAAUAAUGAAUCAGUUCUCCAAAUGUGAGGCUUGUUUUGGACUUCACUUAGAGCCCGUUUGGACAUAAAACUUUAAGCAACUGGAGAUUUGUGUUUGUGAAAUUCUGAAGGGGUCCAAAUAUUACGAUGGAAAGGAAUGGAAUAUUUAUCUUUCUUA